UCUUUCUCUCCCUUGACUUUAAAAAACAUUUGCAUUUGCAUUUUCACACAGAUUAAUGGUUGCUGUUGCCCCCAUUUGCCCCCCCUUUUUUGCCCUUUUGAUGAAUGUGUGUAAGUGGGUUGUGCCUGCUCUUCGUCUCUCUUUCAACCCUAAAACACUGAGUCCAUUCCUCCAUUUUUUUCCUUCUUGUUUUUGCUCUUUCUUCAUCUACUCUAAAACACCCAAGGCUAAAUAUGGAUGAAGACCCAAUCAAAGAUGAAGAGAGAAAGGUAAUGUUAUGUUGAAGAUAAAUGACAGUGUUGAUUAUAAGGACAGUAUCACUAUCAGUGUGCUUCUUCUUGUUGUUGUUGUGACUGUUGUGUAAACAGUACAACAAGAGAUUAGCUUUUUCAUCAAAUGUUAUCCAUUGAAAACCCUUCAUCAGAUCCUUCAUGUUCUCCCCAAUUCACUGGUAGUGAUGAUGAGGUAGAUCUGCUGAAGCAGCCAUCUCUUGAUCAUCAUCAUCAUAAGAACCCACUCCCCAAUUUCUCCAUAAGAGAUUACGUGUUCAAUGGCCGGAGCAAGGAUAUCAACAGGAAUUGGCCUUUUUCUUCAGAAAGUUUACAACUUGUUUUGAAACAUGGAAUGAAGGAUCCAUUGCCACCAUUUCAGCAUCUUGAUAUUGUGAGAAACCAACCCAAAGAGACACAUGUGGUCGAAACCAAUCCAAUUGAGAAGCAAAGAUCAACCCGUCAUGGGGUACUAGAUUCAUAUGAUAUAGACUCGGUUCUCGUUGACAAGCAAUCCAUUUCAGUGGAAGAAGGAUCAUCAGCCCAAGUUAAAGCUGUUGUUGCUUUGAAGUCUCAAAAGACUGAAAAAACAACUAAACCAUCAGGCAAGAAGUGCAGGUUGAUAGUGAAAUUUGGUGGUCAUUCUGAUUGUAGCUCUACCGAAGAUAUUGCUUCAAAUUGUUCCGUGGUAUCGGAAUCAAUGGGUUCGAAAGUUUGCCCUGUUUGUAAAUCAUUUUCUUCUUCUUCUAAUACCACUUUGAAUGCUCAUAUAGACCAGUGCCUUUCUGUUGAGUCAACUCCCAAAUGGACAGUGGAUUCUAAGCUUACAAGGCAUAAAAUUAAACCAAGGAAAACAAAACUGUUGGUAGAUGUAUAUGCUACUGCUAAAUCCUACACAUUAGAAGAGCUUGAUAGGAGGAAUGGUAGAAGCUGGGCCCUUGCUUCAAACAUCUCUGACUUUGAAGGACUUGAAAUGUGUGAUGAAGGGAAAAAGAAAAGAACAUAUUCCCAAAAUAAUGGUGAGGGUACUGUCGAUUUAGGUGCUGUUUAUGUUGAUGCUAAUGGCACCAAGGUUCGGAUUUUAUCGAAAGUUAACGAUGUGCCAGUGCUGGUUCCAUUGCCACCAGUGUCAAAACAUGGUGAUGAUCUUGGACCAUCUUACAAGUCUUUGAAAAUAGGUAAAGGAAGCAAAAAGAAAAGGUGCCAUGCCCUAAAACAUCACAAGUAUCUCAAACACGCUCCUCAAUGCAGAAAAAAUUGCUCUCAUAAGACCCCUUCUUCAAUGAUAGUUGGAGGUCGAGAAGGAUAUCGUGAAGAAGAAGACAGUUGCAAGAGAGUGGAACUGUGUGUGUCGAAGCAAAUCAAAUCCAAUGAUACUAGAAACUUUAAGGAAAGUGUGUGCUAUAAACAAGAAGGUCUUUCAAGGACGCCUAAUAAUCAAGAGAAAACUGGGGACUUGCGGUUUCAGAGUGAUCAAUCUCAUGAAGGUGGUCGUGUUAUGGAGAGAAAUUGUGUUCGAAAGUUAAAACAUUCUUCUAAAAACCCGUUUUCUUCUCCUAGGAAAUGUGCAAGGAUAGAAAAGCCUGUUUAUGAAGCACCGGUUAUCUGUAGAAAGGAGCGUUCUUUGGGAAUGAAGAGAGUAAGGAGUGCCUUGUUUCAAGCCAGCAUGCAAAACAAGGUGGAGAAGUUGCUUCACCAACGUGAGCAAAAUGCAAAACAGUCAAUCAGCGAAGACCGUCCCUGUCUAGAUGAUGACCAUACAAUGAGAUCUUUGAAUAACGAAAAUUGCACAUCUUCGUUGAGUGAAAUGAUGGUUGAUAUUGAUGCAAAUAGUAAUCCUGAUUCGCCUAUCGCUGAUACUACAACAACUAUUAGUCAUCAGUUUUCCGCACCCAAAUGCUUCAGCUUUUCCUUGCAAAAGAAAAAGAUAUCUGCUAGCAGCAGGUCAUCAAUGGUUGAAUCUGGUUCUAACUUGGUUAAGAAACAUUCAACAAGGGAGAAUCAACUUCAUUUUAUGGCAGAAAUAGAUGAGGCAAUAGCUCGGGAUUAUGAGGCAGAUCAAGAAUGUAAAUUGGUGCAUGAUGAUGCUAAAAAUCAACGUGAGGGGAACGAGAUUACUGAAGAACUACCAUCGGAACCUCACUCUUAUUAUCAUGAUGAGACAGAGAACAUGUAUUCUUCUACUGGAGGCAGUGAGGAUAUUCUGGAUAAACUUGAUGGUUUGGAGUCUGUUGAGGAGACGAUUACUAGUUUGAGUCAGUCACUAGGAACCAAGCCUGGCAAACUGAGUAAUAUUCCCAAUAAAAUAUCCGAUUCUUUUCAAACUAAUGAAGAUUACACCGGCCCUUUGUGUGGGGGUGAAGGACUAGUAUUUCCUACUGAGCCAAAUCUUGUUGAUAAACCAAAUAUGUUUUGUGCUGAAGUUGGUCUCAAUAUAAUUGGACAAGCUGCUAAUGUAGGAGAAUUAGAUUCUGAUGUGGCACAAAGCAACUCAUUUCUUGAGGUUGAUCCAAUACUUAUUCCUGGUCCGCCAGGAUCGUUUUUGCCAAGUCCUAGAGAUAUGGGCUCUGAUGAUUUUCAAGGAAAUGCAUCAACAGCCAACCAGAUUCGAUCCUCUCGAGAUCAGCUUGAUUUGGUAGAUGGGGACUCAUCAGAUUCACCCCUAUCCGUAUUGUCAACAAUCUCUAAUUCUAUGGAAGCCAGGUUCGACUUGAAGUAUGAAGAACCAUUAGCAUUUCUUGGUGCUCCUGCAGCUAUGGAAACGGAUAGAUCUGGCUACUCUACUGCCAAGUCUGACACCUUAGUUGAGAAUGGUGUUGCUGUGGAACAUACAAGAACUUUUGAAGGAGAGAAAUUUCAGGUCCCUCGAAUAUCUAUUGAAAAGAAGCCUUUCUUUUCCAAAAAUGAUGAUCAACCAUGCUGUUGCCAAACAAAAGAGAGAUCCUUCCAAGGUUUUGCUCUAAAUUAUCAUGAGUCACAGCUACUAAGGCGACGAACAAUGGCUUCGAUGAUGGUGCCUGCCAUCAGAAUGCGAAAUGGUGCCAAUCCAGGUUUCGGUCCCAAUAAUUUGGCGGCAAGACCAGAAACAUUUUCUCUGACAAGUAAUGCAGAACUAGGAUCUGAACAAAUGGUUCUCCCUGUCAUGAAACCUCCUUUAGGUCCCAUCCCUUUUAAAGGAUGCCCCGAUGGUGGUGUCAAGCUUUCUGGUCACGGUGUAUGUGAUUCUGCUAGUCCAUCCUCAUCUAAUCCCGUUCUCAGGCUAAUGGGGAAGAACUUAAUGGUGGUUAACAAGGAGGAAGAAGCAUCUAUGCCACUUGGUCAAGGCCAGCCAUGUGCCCAGAGUGAUAACCGGAAUCAAGACGAGAUGCCCUUCCAUCAUGCAAUGCCUCCAUGUUCUAUGAUCUUCAGUCAGAAUCCAAAUGAUUUGGUGGAGCGAACUUUUGACGCCUACUCGACAAAUGGCUAUAGAAACCGUGCCACUCUCGCAACCCCACCACAAACAACUCUACAACUUCCGGUUGGCUUGUUCCUCGACGAGCAUAGGCAUCACAGUUUCACUACCUCUAUGGAGCCAUACAAGCUACUUCCAACUGCAAGAUGCAAUAUGGAGAAAGUUUCAACUCUAGACUGCAAAGAUAGGAGCGAGGAAUCUAUUGUUUGCAGUAAAGAAGUCAUUGUCAUCGAUGAUGAUCCCAAAAUUGAAUCGAACAAGACAACUGACAUUGCAAAACGGUCUGAAGUCUCGGGGGACACACAUGGCAUAUCAAAGCCAUUAGAUCGAAAUCAUAGUAUUGCAAACCACAGGUAUCCAGUAGUGAUACAAAAUAACAACUUCCAUGGAAUCACUUCAAGUUCUUUCAUGGGAACAAGUCAUUUCAGAUAAUAUGCUCCCAAUUUGUCUUAGAUGGUCCGCGUAUCGGCUCAUUUUUUCGUAUCAAACUUGCUAUCGAGUCUGAAACUCGAGCUUCUUUUUCGGGGGAUUGAAAAUGAUGGCAGUUUGAUGUAAUGGAUUUUGGUUGCAAGUUGGAACAACAAUUGAGAGAUUUUAGAGAUUGUAUUUAUAGUCUUUUUAAUUCACUUAUUGUUGGGCAAA